CACUUCCCGGCGUCUCCUCAUUUCCGGGCGCCGCCUCACUUCCGGGCGCCGCUUCAUUUCCGGCUGCUCGGGCGCGGCGGCCCAGACCAGGCCCGGAUGCUCCAGACCCGGCACCCCUCCGGGAGCGGCGGACGUCCGCGGGGGAGCGGGUGACUGAGGCGGCGGGCAUGGCCGCGGCCUGGAAGCGCGCGCUGCUGGUCCUGCUGGCCUCGCAGGUGGCGUCCUCGGCGGGCUCCUCGGAGGAGGACGAGGUCCCCGGGGAGUGGGUCCUGCUGCACGUGGUGCAGGGCCAGAUCGGAGCCGGCAAUUACAGCUACUUGAGGCUGAACCACGAGGGGAAGAUCGUUCUCCGGAUGCAGAGCUUGAGAGGGGACGCGGACCUGUACGUGUCGGACAGCACCCUGCACCCCAGCUUCGACGACUACGCGCUGCAGUCCGUCACCUGCGGCCCGGACGAGGUGUCCAUCCCCGCGCACUUCCGGCGGCCCGUGGGCAUCGGCAUCUACGGGCACCCGUCGCACCACGAGAGCGAGUUCGAGAUGAAGGUGUACUUCGACCGCAGCGUGGAGCAGUCCCCGUUCGCCGAGGUCGCGACCCCGGACGGCAGGGACCCGGGGUACAGGCACGCGCAGGCCCCCGAGGACGCGCCGCAGGAGGAGGAGUCGGUGCUCUGGACCGUCCUGAUCAGCGUCCUGAAGCUGGUGCUGGAGAUCCUGUUCUGAGCCCGGGCGGCCCGGGAGUCCAGCCUGGCGGGCGCUGGGCGACUUCUCUCGGAGGGCGGAAAAUAAAGCCAUAGGGUUGUUCCCGCGCGCGCCCCACAAGGAGGGAGAAGAGCACGAACGGUGUUUGCUCCACGUGUCUAAGCUCCUGCGACGGGCGUGCGCGCAAUGAAACGUUCAAACCCGCUUUGGUCCGCUCGCCGGGCGACCGACGCGACUGCAGAAACCGCGUGCACGGGAAGCGCGGGAAGCGCGUGGGAGCGGAGCAGGGCAUCGAGCGCGGCGUCGGCGUCCGGCGGGAGGCGGGGCAGCGAGAGCCGUGCCCUGGCCCGAGACUCCCGCGGCGGGACCCUCUGAAAGCAAGUCCGGAAGGUGAUAAUUUCCGGGGCUCCGCUUGCUCCCGAGGUCAGGGGAGCAGCCCGUCCUGACAGGUUUCCAGGCUGACCCAGGUCCUGCCUGUACCUGCUCGCCGACUGUCAUCCGGCCUCGUGUGGCCUCAGCGCGGGCGCCCGUCGUUCCAGGUCUCCCGUCAUGACGUACAACAGGCCAGAAACAACGCAGGUUCGGACAGUGGCGCGCAGAGACAGUCCCUUUCGGUCCGAGGAGGAGGAGUUGAGAUUUCGAUUAAGUUCUCUAAUAUUUCCCACCGAGCUUCUGGAUAGAGCCGAAGUACCAACGAGAUUAAAAAACACUUUGGGAAAAUGAUUAUUUCUCUACUUGAAGUUGGCUUCAAGGGUAAAAGUGGCUCAUAAAUAAAUCAACCGGCAGAUUUUAAGCGCGUAGUUAAUUUCAGAAAUCUUUUAUUGGCAUAAAAUUGAGAAUGGAAAUAAGUUGGCACCACAUAUUUCAUUUAAAUCCAUAUUACAAUAUUGGGGUCAAAAAACUAUUUUAUCCCUCUUUGCUGUUUUUCCCCCUUCUGCCCACUUUCCUGGGUGUUGGGGGGGCUCGCUGACAACAGUCACAAAUCCAGCGACCUAGGAGAAAAAUUGUUAGUUAAUAUAGUAUGAAAUUUAAUUUUUUAGGACUGAAUUUUAAACCCAUUUGGCUCUCCUUUCUUAGCUAUCACUAACGAUACUUCUCUGUGGGAUCUGUGACAUGAAGGACACUAACGAGUUUCCUAAGGAGAAAACUGUAGACUUCCCUUCAUUAGUGUAAUCAGUACCAUGUGAAAUUCAGUGCCGGGGUGGGGGGGAUUCUCUACAGUGAUACUGAUUUUAAAAAGUUUCUACAAUCCUUUCUGAAAUCCAACACUAUCCUCCUUCAGAGUUCAAUACAGAAAUCCUCAGAUAAAACCUGUUACAGAGUUUGGCUUGUCUUCAGCCUUUCUCUCUGCUGCCCAGUGGCAGCCCCGAGGCCGGGCACGCACCAGACACAGCGCUUUAAGCUGACCAGGGAUGAGCUGUGCCGCGUACUCCUGUCCGAGUCACUACAGAACUUCAAGUCACCUGCUUCUUAAUGGUUCCCAGGAAACUUAGCUCUAGGCAUGUAUGUUAUAAAAGUACUCUACAGUGUUAACUAUGCAAAUAAGUUCUAGAUUUACACAAUUAUGUGUAACAUUUUAGUCCAAUUACUGUGAUUUAUUCUCCAGCUCUGUGUUCAUUCCAAAGUUAUCUGGAAUUGUCAUGCUGCCUCAUUUUAUAGAAAUCUGGUUUAAUAUUUAUAAAGGCAUAGCGGUCGUUUUUGUUAAGUUUCUGAAUAGAUGAGCUAAAAAUAAAAUCAAGGCUUUGAAACAAA